AUGCGCAAGCCGUGGUUCUACGUGGCCGGCUCGUGCUUUGUGAUCGCUGGUCUCAACUUUGGCUUUUUCAUCCGCGACUACCUGUUCUGGCCGCUCAUCCCGAACGAAGAGAAGGAGCCGGAGCUUGCGCCGGCCGGCUUCCGCUACUCGCUCGCGGGCGGCACAGUGCUGAUUGCGUCGAUGUGCGGCGCCUACUUCUGGUACGCGCCGAGCCGUAUGGUGACGCGCGUGACCGUGUACCCGGCGACGCAGAUGCUGGGCCUGCGCACCGCUGCGCCCCCGCCGAGCCGCUUCCUGCCGGCGUCGCUGCGCCAGCGCCCCUUUUUCCAGCGCGCAGGCGCCCUGUCGCCGGACGACCCGCGCGAGCGGCUCGUGCCGCUCGCGUCCGUGUUCCGGCUGCAGGGCUCGGCCGUGGGCAGCGAGAUGAACGAGUGGUCCGAGCUGGCGCGCGCGAAGCAGCCCGUGCCGCCGGCCGUGCAGGCGCGCCUGCGCGAGUUCCACGCAGCGACGACCAAGCUGGACCGGCAGGACACGCUCAUGCUGCGUGUAGGCGAUGCGCGCCUCGCGUUCCAGCUGCACGCAAGCCCGCUGCGCGAGUCGCUCCUGCGCGAGCCGCCGCGCGGGCUGCGCCGCAUGUGGCUCACGCUCACGAAGGGCCACACGGACUGGUCGCUCGAGCCGGGCUACACGCCGUCGCCCGCGGAGCACGCCGAGCAUGUGCGGCGCACGAGCCGUGGCGACGCGGACGUGGAGCCGUGGUUCCUCGAUCGCGCCAACUUUGACCAGCUAUUUCCCCUGGACGCGACGCGGUACAAGCGCAAGGCGUAG